AUGUCGGAGCCGACGGUCCGUGUUUCUGGGAUCGUUUUAUCUUCUCUGAUGUUCCAGCACGGGAACACGGACUCUGACGCGGAGGGUCUGGUCCUGGGGGAGAGUCGGGUUGAAGAGCAGAUCACCAUCAGCGACUCUCAGGCCGACAGGAUCAACAUCCAGGAGAUCUACUACGUACAGAAGCACAUCGCCUGCAACAAACUGAACCAUGUGUUCCUGAGUGUUCCCCUGCUGGUGAACAAUCUGGGUCUUCAGGAGCCUCAGAGCUACUGGAAGCUUCCUGCCGGAAGACCAUCAGAACGCUACAGCGCCACCAUCAGGAGACACAGCUCCAGAUUCUUCUCCUCUGACGGUCUGCUGCGAGACGUCAACGAUGUGAACGCCAUGAACGAUUCUCUGCAGGAGGAGCUGUACGUACAGAAGCACAUCGCCUGCAACAAACUGAACCAUGUGUUCCUGAGUGUUCCCCUGCUGGUGAACAAUCUGGGUCUUCAGGAGCCUCAGAGCUACUGGAAGCUUCCUGCCGGAAGACCAUCAGAACGCUACAGCGCCACCAUCAGGAGACACAGCUCCAGAUUCUUCUCCUCUGACGGUCUGCUGCGAGACGUCAACGAUGUGAACGCCAUGAACGAUUCUCUGCAGGAGGAGCUGUGUGCAGCGUGCAGAGAGGUGGAGGACAGCGAGCGGCAGCUGGAGACUCUUCAGUCUGAAGUGUCAGCGCUGAGGAAGAGGAGCAGAGAGAGGAGGAAGAAGAGUGAAGCUGCAGGAAGAACAGGCGAGGAAGAGGAGGACCAGAGGAGGAAUCUUCGUCUCCAGGAGGCCGUCGGCGCUCUGUUCAAGCGCUCGCCGCUCUUCCUCACACAAACUCUGACGCUGCAGGGGUUUCCUGUCCCUGAACGCACCUUCAGCGGAGAGGAAGAGGAGGAGGAAGAGGCAGUGUGUGAGGAGGACGAGGAGGAA